CGUCAGGCUUCCCCAGGAUACACAGCUCAGUUCCGCAGACCUUCUACCCCUCAGCCAUGGGAGACGCUGGCAGUGAGCGCAGUAACCCACCCAGCCUGCCCCCGCGCUGUCCCUGCGGAUUCUGGGGGUCCAGUAAGACGAUGAACCUUUGUUCUAAAUGUUUUGCUGAUUUCCAAAAGAAGCAGCCAGAUGAGGACUCCUCCCCCAGCACAAGCAGCAGCCAAUCAGAUAUGUUCCCCAGUGAGACAAAUAGUGACAACGAAAAUACCUCGAUACCCACGCCGACUGUUACCCCUACGCAGCCCAUCCUGACAGACCUGAAUGUAGCUUCUCCCAGCAAAGAGGAAUGUGGGCCCUGCACAGAUACAGCUCACGUCUCACUAACCACACCAACCAAAAGAUCCUGCGACUCAGAUUCUCAGUCAGAGGACGAUGUCUCACUCAUGAAACGACCUCGGCUACUAGACAGCGGGGACAGUAGCAGCAGAUCCAAACAGAAGAGCCGUCGCCGCUGCUUCCGCUGCCAAAUAAAACUGGAGCUGGUACAGCAAGAACUGGGAUCAUGUCGCUGUGGUUACGUGUUCUGUAUGUUACACCGUCUCCCUGAACAGCACGACUGCACAUUUGACCACAUGGGCCGUGGUUGCGAGGAGGCUAUUAUAAAAAUAGUGAAACUAGACCGGAAAGUUGGCAGGUCCUGCCAGCGCAUUGGCGAGGGCUGCUCCUGAGUACCACAAUUUCCUACCAAAUGCUGUUUCUCUUAGUUCACUAAUGUUAGCCUUAUUUAGGACAAAGUCAACCAGACUCUCACUA